UGAUUGUAAUUCAGAGUGGCGGUAGAGUCCGGUACCAGUUGCCCGUACGGUUCGCGUCCUUUCCUCCGUGCCUCUUCAUCGUUUCUUCGUCGUUCCUCCUCGCGGAUUUCCCAAAAAUUUACAAAUUUUCAUCCCUGUCCCGCCGGUCAGAGAAUCCAAGGAGACGCCGUAUCCGUAUACCGCGUGCCUUCUUCUUCUGUCACCGUUGACAAACCCCGGGUGUUUCGUACUAAUCGUCGGAGAGGACUAACCAGUGGCCAGCUAACCAGCCGUCAGGGAACAACACGCGAAAUCGAUAGUGUCGUGGCAACGACGUUUCCGACUACUUACACGUAACUUUCUACCCUGGACAGAGCAGUUUCUUCGAAUUCGUAUAUUGCCAGGGUAGAAGUACAGCAUUUCUCGGGCGCGCACGUCGAAAGGAGGAACGAAACUUCGAAUGAUCGAAAGGACACGUGUAGAUAAGAAACGUCGCGUUAUCCUGCGAUAUCGUUGAAGAGGAAGAGACCGGGUGUUGUGCGGACAGUGUCUGGGAUUGUGUCGCGUACGACAGAUACUCGGUGGUCGUCCACGGUAAAGGAACAGCUUUUCUGUACUUCUUCCAGCUGUUCGGAGUUGUUGGACAGAGAAGAGGAAGAUGGCCAGGUGGAGUGGUCUUUUACGAUGGGAAAGUGUCCUCCUCGCGAUACUAUUCGCCGUAGCGAGGGUGAGGACCAACGAUCAGGCUCCAACUAUCUCGCAAACCGCGGCUAUGAACUACCUAUCUCAAUUCGGCUAUUUGCAACCAAUUAAUCCAACGAGCGGUGGAAUUAUAUCUCAAGAUACACUGUCGAAAGCAGUCGCCGAAUUUCAAUCUUUCGCCGGGUUAAAUAUAACAGGAGAAUUCGACGAAGAAACGUAUAAACUUAUGACACUACCAAGGUGUGGUGUUAAGGACAAAGUUGGACCUGGAUUUGGAAGAUCGAAGCGCUAUGCUCUUCAAGGUUCGAGAUGGCGCGUGAAGAAAUUGUCUUACAAGAUCAGCAAAUACCCAAGAAAUUUACCGCAGCACAAAGUUGACAUCGAAUUGAACAAAGCUUUCAAAGUGUGGUCGGAUUACACGGAUCUCUUGUUCGUUCAAAAGAAGUUGGGCCAGGUCCAUAUUGAGAUUAGAUUUGAGAAAGGCGAACAUGGUGACGGAGAUCCUUUCGACGGGCCUGGUGGCACUUUGGCGCACGCUUAUUUCCCUGUUUACGGUGGCGAUGUCCAUUUCGAUGACGCCGAACAAUGGACCAUCGACAGUUUUCGCGGUACCAAUCUCUUUCAAGUAGCCGCCCACGAGAUUGGCCAUUCCCUUGGUUUGAGUCAUAGCGACGUUAAGUCCGCCUUAAUGGCACCCUUCUACCGCGGCUACGAACCCUAUUUCCGGUUGGACGACGACGAUAUUCAGGGUAUUCAGGCUCUGUACGGAAGGAAAACGGUGAGUACCAGCGGUGUUCCGACCGGACCAAGAUUCGGAACUACCACUGUACCACCUCCAAGUGAAGAAGACACGGAACUUUGUACCGAUCCAAAGAUUGACACGAUGUUCAAUUCUGCCGAGGGACACAUGUAUGUGUUCAAAGCCGAUCGUUACUGGAGAUUAACUGCCGAUGGUGUAGCAGUCGGUUACCCUAAACUGAUUUCACACUCGUGGAAAGGAUUGCCAGGAAACAUAGACGCCGCGUUCACUUACAAGAACGGGAAGACUUACUUCUUCAAGGGCUCAAAAUAUUGGAGAUACGUGGGGAAGAGAAUGGACGGUGACUACCCGAAGGAAAUCAGUGAAGGUUUCACAGGAAUUCCUGAUAAUAUCGAUACAACGAUCGUUUGGACCGGAAACGGGAAGAUCUAUUUCUACAAGGGUAGCAAAUUCUGGAGGUUCGAUCCCACGCAGAAACCACCAGUGAAGGACACAUAUCCUAAACUGAUCUCGAAUUGGGAAGGCGUUCCGGACAAUCUCGACGCCUCUAUUGUCUAUCGUGGUCACACUUAUUUCUUCAAAGGAGACGCUUAUUACAGAUUCAACGAUAGGACAUUCUCUGUGGACGUUGCUGACCCAGCGUUCCCGAGGGCAACGGCCUACUGGUGGUUCGGUUGUAGAUCAGCGAACAAAGGAACAUUAGGUAAUGUCCAAGGGCUCCGUGAGAAUCCUGACGAUUCAUUUCUGCAUGCCGGCAUCCUGGAGUCCGUCGACGGCGACUUUAGCGAUGACGGUGAUAGAGACGGUGACGUCGGGGACAUCAUUUUAGACGCAGGCGAAACGGACGAGCAGCUAGUCACGUCGUCCAAUCAGGAUGCAGGCUCCGCGGCGGGAAGCGUUUUCAAACGGUCGAUAUGGUGGUAUCUUCCGUUCAGUUUAUUGACUAUGAUCAUCGCUAAAAUCAUUGCCGCCACGUAGAAAACGUUUGUGGAGAUCGAUCAUUAAGCGAUGGAAUCAUCGAUGAAAGGAUGUACACCAGUAACAUAUUUGAACUGACUUCUCAAACGGGAAAUGUGUUAAGUAUGUUGAACACAGCGAAGGGAAAACAGUGCCAAAAUGGCUAAUUCAUGCUCACAGAUAAUGAGCUGUAUUUUUUUUCUUCGAUAUUAAUGAACAAGCUGAUUAAAGAUUGUUCAUUUAUUAUCUUAUUUCUCAUAAAACAAUCAUUCCAUUCGAAGCAAUGUUGCGCGAACAGUUGAAAACUGUUGCUUCAUUCGUAGUCUGUAUGCGUUUUGCAGUAUGUUUUAUAAGAUGUGUUUCAGUCGACGAUGUUUCCGUUUCGUUAUUAGAUUCGACGCAUCUUACAGGACAUUCUGUACAUAUGUAACAUACACGAGAACAUGUAAAAUAUGUUUAUACAUAAUAUUUUAAGUCGCAUGCAACGUUGUGUCAUCAAACCCUUUUACACUGCCUAUUUAUUCUUUAUUCGUACAUCAUGGUUUUCUGUAUACAUAGUAAUUGUUGAAGGCACUUAUCUUGCGUAUUCAUUGCAGAAUGUAAAUUUUCUAAGAACUGAAAUAUGUUGUUACAUGACAAAUAGGAAAUAAAAUGAAUGGUCAAUUGGUUUCUUGACUGACCAGUAUUAUGAGUAUUAUAGAAUUUUUGUGUUUUUUUUCUCAUAUAAGAUAUAAAUAUUUGUCAGAAUGUAAGGAAAUGCGAAGUGUUAUGAAAGUGCAUGAGAAUGCACUUUAGAAUUUUAUGUUAUUAACGUUAAAACUUGAAUGUAUAGAAGCAUCUAUAGUACUCAUUGUAAUGAUUCCAGUAAACGAUAUUUAUCUUCCUGGUAAAUGCCUUAAAAUGUUCUGUAAACAUUAUGAAGUGUAGCUUUCCUGCAUAAAUUUGUUAUUAGUGUUUAUUAACAAUAACUAGACUUAUUCUACUUAUAAAUGUUUAAUAUGAAAUGUUUUUUACCUUUAAACCAAAUUUUUCUUCAUUCUUUUCAUCUUGUGUCAUACAAAAUAAUACUAUCAUAAACAAUGUUGAUAAUAGUUACGUAUUACGUCUUAGUACAUGAAAAAGAGCAGCUGCUGUCAUUUUGAAAACAGUACAUAUCCGUUCAUGAAAUCCUAAUCGCAUUACCAUAUGUUUCAUUACAUUCGAAAAACUGUUUCCAUAACUUUAUUAUAAAUAAUCAGUUAAGUACUUAAGAAUUACCUAGCAUUUAAGUAUGAAGCAUAAAAAGCCUUGUACAAUUUUUUAAUACUUGUUAAAUAAAUCGUUUUUUGGAAAAAAAGGUGUAACACAUGUAAAAAUUUUGUAUUUAUAACACUUAGAUAAAAAUUUUUAAGUAUAUAAAUAUAACAUGUGAUGUACAAGGCUUUAUCUUUUUCUUUAUCUGUGUUACAUUUUCUAUCAGGGCACUAAAAUGAUUCACAUUGAAACUUGCCACAUUUUGCUAUACUCUGACAUUGUACAGUAUCAAUAAAACAUCAGUUUAUUUUAA